AUGCUUGGAAGUGUGGCUGGAGUGAAAGCUGAUGCGGCGGCAGAACAGCUGUCCAGGAAGAAGAGUCACAACGGAACUCAGGAACUCAGCAACUCAGUGGCCAAGAAUGGAACAGCCCUGGAGCUGGGUCCCCAGCCUCAGGGCGUGCCGCCGGCCGAGGAUGAGAGCCCUAGUGGCUGCAGCUCUGGACGCACGCCCUUUCCUGCCUUCCAGAUGGAAACCUACAGACUCCUGAGUUCCGUGGACUUCCCCCGCCCGGGGGCCGGGGACCUGGCAGGCACCGUGCAUCCUCAGCUGCAGGUGUGGCAGGGGGAGGGGACUCCUGGGUCACAGCCUUGGAGGUGUCAGGGGAAACUGAGGCCCAAAGGGAGGGACCACAGGUGCCUCCCACAAGAUCACCAGCACCUUAGAAACAGAAGCAGGAGGACAGGAGCCCAGGCUCCCUCCUGCCUCCCCGGGAACCUCACGCUCAGGCCUGGAACUCGGGGCCACAGUGAUCGUCACAGCACCCAUGGAAGGCACAAGGGGACUCCUCAACAGGAGGACCACCUCUAUGAGAGGGAGUCCACCGUGUCCCCCAGGUCCAUCAGCGAGGCUGCCCACUCUGAGAAGGGCAUUGCCUUCGUCCAGACUGAGCAGCUCACAUUCUCCAUGCCCACCCUGCCCACACUGGCCCCCGCUGCCACCCACCAUCCCUAA